AUGACAGACCUGAGACCUAUAAGCUUGUGCUCGGUGGUCUACAAAAUCAUCUCCAACAUCCUUUGUGCUCGUCUCAAGACAAUUCUACCACAUCUGGUGUCCCCGACCCAAGGAGCUUUCGUUGCUGGCAGGUUGAUUUCUGAUAAUCUCUUACUAGCUCACGAGAUGAUUCAUGGACUGCGUACUAAUCCUAACUGCAAGGAGGAGUAUAUUGCAAUUAAAACCGACAUGUCUAAAGCCUACGACAGGGUUGAAUGGGAUUUCCUGGAGGUUCUCUUCGGUAAAAUGGGUUUCAGCGACACAUGGAUACAGUGGAUCAUGAAGUGUAUCCGCUCAGUCUCUUACACGGUUCUCCUGAACAGACAAACUCAUGGUCAUAUCAAACCAGAAUGGGGAAUACGUCAAGGAGACCCUCUCUCACCUUUCCUGUUCAUUUUGUGUAUCGAGGCUCUGGUACAUGUCAUGCACAGAGCGGAGAUCAGAGGAGACUUACAAGGGAUGAAAUUAUCAAAGAAGUGUCCUGCAGUGCAACAUCUACUUUUCGCUGACGACAACUUAUUCUUGUGUAGAGCAUUUCUCCCUGAGAUCGCAAACUUUCUACAUUGUCUCAAGUUGUAUGGUGAUUCUUCAGGACAAGUCAUCAAUUUUCAGAAGUCUGCGAUCACCUUUGGGGCUGAUAUAGAUGCGGUAACAAGAAGAGUUAUAGCUGAGCUGUGUGGGAUUGAGAAUGAAGGAGGGGAUGGUAAAUAUCUGGGCCUCCCAGAGUGUUUUAGUGGCUCCAAACAAAAACUCCUAGCUUUUAUUGGUGAGAAACUUAACAAAAGAAUCAAUGGUUGGUUUGCUAAGAAGCUCUCUCAUGGCGGGAAAGAAGCUUUACUUGCCAAACAAGCUUGGCGCCUUUUCAACAAUCCAUAUAGCCUUUUGGCGCAGGUGUAUAAGGGGAGGUACUACUCAUCGUCUGACUUCUUAGAAUGUGGGAAUGGCUAUCGGCCAUCUUAUGCCUGGAGGAAUAUACUAUAUGGUAGAGAUCUUCUCAAAAAGGGGUUGAUACAAUCGAUUAGUAAUGGUGCAUCUACGCGGAUCUGGUCGGAAAAAUGGAUUAUGGAUUCAUGUCCAAGGCAACCGGUUAACAAGGAGAUCAACAUUGAUGUGAAUCAAAGGGUUAGUUCUUUGAUCAAUCCAAAUGGUGAAUGGGACAUUAAUAUUUUGAACGAGCUCUUUCCAGUUAAUGAAGUUGCAAGGAUUGUCAAGAUCCAACCGGGGAGAGUUGAGGAUAGGAAGAUUUGGUCCCUCACAGAUCAUGGUGCAUACUCGGUUAAAAGUGGAUACUGGUUGGCAGUAAACAACUUUCAAAAUGUUGGAAACUCUCGGUCUGUUAUGGAGCAGGAGAUCAUUGAAGUGAAAAAGAAAGUCUGGAAAAUCAAAACGCUACCCAAGAUUAGAACGUUCCUGUGGAGAGCUGUUUCAGGCGCUUUGGCUGUUGCAGACAGACUGCAAAAGAGAGGUAUCAUUUUGGAUACAGUUUGCAAACUAUGCAAUAGUAACACUGAGUCCAUAAAUCAUGUUCUUUUCCAAUGUCUGCCGGCGCUCGAGAUUCUUCAAUCAGUUAAUUUCCCGCCUGAUCCCUCAUCCAUACGAAGUCUCUGUCAAAACAUAAAGUUGGCCUUGGAGAUGAUGUCUGAUGUAACAAUAUCAGAGACCAAUCGGAGAGCUAUACCUUGGUUGCUGUGGGCAAUUUGGAAAAAUCGCAACUCCAUCAUCUAUGCUGGGACUCAAAUUUCUACGGAGGUUCUAACUCAUCAAGCUGUUGAGGAAGCUACAAUUUGGACGGAGGUAAACAGCUCUACUACGACUCUAUCCUCCCUUUCUCCGGCUUUGGUUAUUGCACCUCGUUGGUCUCCUCCAAGGACUGGCUUUGUCAAAUGCAAUGUCAAUGCGAACUGGAGAAACUCAUCGUCUCUGUAUGGCGGAGCAUGGAUAACUAGAGAUCACAAAGGUACAGUACUACACAAUGCUAGAGAUGCUUUCACAGGUGCUCCGAAUAGGCUAACGGCAGAGCUGUGCUGCAUUGUUUGGUCCAUGAAAAGUCAAAUCGAUCUGGGGCAUCACGAGGUGAUCUUUGCCAUUGAUAAUAAAGAGGCGUUUGCAGCUCUUGCAAGUGUAGCAGCUUGGCUGCGAUAUAGAUCAUUACUCGAGCAAAUUAUGGUUUUGAAAACGAGGUUUAGAACGGCAAGUUUUGAACAAGAAUCUGAGAGAUCCAAUUCCAUAGUGAGAGACAUAGCAAGGAGUGUACUACGAGAUGGCAGGUUCCAGUCAUAUUUAGCACUGGGCGGUCCGGCUUGGUUUCAUAACAGGAUUCAAGAUGAGGCACACACCAACAUCUGA